GGCCGGUGCCGUGCAGAGGUGAUGGGUGCCAAGGUGACUUGCGCGUUCCGCAACUUCAACCUGGAGAGCCGGGCCAGCCGCGAGAUCAGCAAGAACAAGCCCACGUCCGCCCCCCGGCACCAGGCGGGCCCGCUGCCUGAUGAUCCAGAAAUCCAAGAGGAAAUUCGCAGAAAAGAUGACAAACUUCUCGCCUUAUUAAAAGAGGUUUAUGUUGAUUCCAGAGAUCCACCUGUGCAAGUAAAAGAUGAAGGUGGAAUUAUCCCAAGUAAACAGCAGGAAUACAGACUUACAAAACUUGGUCAUUUAAGAGAUCAAGAUAUUCCAAGCAUUCCUAGAGGCAAAAUUUCUGUAGUGGAGGUUCUGACUCUUCUCAAUAAUCAUAAACUUUCUCCACAAACAUGGACUGCAGAGAAAAUAGCAAAGGAGUACAGUAUAGACUUGAAGGAGGUCACCUCUCUCUUAGAAUUCUUCAUACCUUUUGCUGUGGAGAUCUUUCCUCCCAAAGACAGAAAAGUUUUAUAACCUUCCUAAAGUGAUUGCUGAAAUCUUGGUUGAUCUACUGGUGUCUUCAUUUGACACUUCUCAUACACUGUUCGUGUGGGAAUUUGGUCUCAUGCUCUUAAAGGUUGCCCUCUUGUAGCAAUAAAAUGCUUUAUUUAAAUGACAAA